CCAACCAAGAAGAUUCACCACAACGAUGCACUUCAAGGUUUUAAUGUGCCUGGGGUUUCUGGCCGUCGGUGUUCGCCAAACUCUAUGUGCCCUCGGUGGACAAGCAUGUACGAUCCCUUCUUCAGGUAACCCCGGGGCGUCUACCUUAUGUACCGGAACAGCCAACGGCUUCUGUAUGCUUGACACCCUUACCGUCACAGGUAGCCCCGUCACAGCUGUCGCUUCCACAGGAGUAUGUGUCUGUUACUAUGGAUACAGUGGACCUGCUUGUGCCACUGCAGAUUCAACCUCAACCUCAUCAACCUCAACCUCACCCAACACAUCUAACGCCCUUGGGGCUCUGGCGCUAGGGGGUAUUGGCGCUUAUUUCUUGAGUCAGCUCGGAGGUGGUGGAUCACAAACCGCACUAGGCAUUGGUGCAGGACCGCAAGCAGCCCAAGACGCCUUUUACCUUCGACAAGCCGUGAACCCGGGACUUGGCAAAUAAAGAGUUUGUAAACUGUUGAAGACGCACGUGAAAUGGAUUAAAAUGGCUGGUUAGAUUGAGUGGUUCCAAUUUUAUUCAUAUAAAUUUGAAGAUGACUUUAAGUUUGAAAUUAUUGCUGAUUAAUGUAAGUCCUAGUAUCUGUAGGCCAAGAAAAACAAAUCCUUUUGGUUUUAACGAAUGAAAGAUCAAAGGGCAAUAUGAAGCCUCUGAUUACGGCUUUGUGUAGUCCUUAAUGCACUAUCCAUGAUCUGAUGUAUGUGAUUUCAUUUAUUAAUAGUAUGAUUAUAUAAUAAAGAAAAUAUGAAAAGUA